AUGUCUAAUCAAGAUAUAUGGUAUCAGAAUACAAGGGCAUCAAGUGAUCAAGAUGUCUCAAUGAAAAGUCCCGCUACAAUGACAAAUAAUCAGCAAUCAGUCGAACCUCAAAGUGAUCCAAAACUCAUACCCACACCACCAACAAAUCAACAAAAGAGACAAAAUUCUAAUUCGUUAGGGAUGUCUGGAGCUAUAAAGAGAUCAGUCACCCAGCCAAACUCGCCAUCAGUUCUCUUAUCAGGACAUGCUACUCCAAACAUUCAACAACAACAUCCCGUGGACUCAAGUCGUGCUACCGCUGGUACUUUAACGCCAGCUUUGACUUCGAAUCAUCAACCAUAUAACCAAGGCACUCAUCAUCUUCAUAGUAAUCAUCAGCAUUCAGCAUCUAAUUUAAGUUAUCAGCAUCAACCUCAAUCAAAUUAUUAUCCACAACAAUCACAACCUCAACAACCUUUGAAUUUUACUUCUCAUCCCCAACAAUAUCAACCAUUAGGACCACCACCUUCUUUCCAGCAUCAAGUUCCACAACCUCAACAAGUUCAAUAUUCUCAACAACAGCAACAACAAAUGGCACCUUUUAAAGCAACAUUCAAUAUACCUUCACCAACUGCUCAAGUACCUGCAAAGAAUAAGAAAUUUAGUACAACUUUUGUUAAUAGUACAUAUCAAAAGUCACGUACACCUGAUGUACCAAACUCUCCAAAUCUGUCUGUUAAUAAACCAAAAUUUGAUACAUCAAGUUAUAUAAAUGAUGAUCAUGCUGAUGGUAAUGAUUUCAAUGAAACAAAUUCAAUGGUCAUGUCACAAACCGCUACAAAACAAGCACCAUCUGCAACUGCUGCUGCUUCUUUCUUACAACCAAAUGAUGUUCAACAAGCCACUCCACAACCCCAAGUUCCUUCACUGAAUCAAACCUACUAUCCACCUGUUCCACAAGAUUAUCAACAACAACAACAGCAACAACAACAACAGCAGCAACAACAACUGGCUAGAUCGAUCUUAACAAAAGAAACUAAUCCAGACUCACCAGGAUCUACAGUUAGUGAAAAUUCAACAACAGCACAACCAUCUUCAAACACAUCACUAGGAACUGUUGGAACUGCUCCAGCUCAAACAAGUAAAUUAUCUGAAGAAGAACAAGUUUUGAUUUUGAAAUUGCAAGAUACUUAUAAAAAUAUCAUCAAAUUAGAAAGUGAUUUGCAAAGAAAAUGUCAAAGUUUAAAUUUACCACAAAGACUGGAUAUGACUGAGUUAUGGGAUAUUUAUAAUACAAAUAUUACAUUAUUGAAUUCAUAUUAUGAUUUCUUAUUAUAUUCAUUGAGCUCUGGCAAAUCUGGGAAACAAAUCAUACAAGUUUACAGAGUUCCAAGAAGAUUAUGGGUCUAUGGUAUUGUUACAUUUUUGGAUGUUUUGAAAAAUGUGGUUUCUAUAUUUAUCGAGCAUGAUAUUUGUUCGAGUUUCAUAGGUUAUUCCUUCAAUAUUUUAAGUGGAUUAACUGAACUUGAAAUGGAUGGUUGGGUCAGUGAAAAACUAGGUGAUCUUUCAAGAAUGGCAAUUGCACUUUAUCCAUCUCGUUAUAUUGAUUGGAAAUUAAGUUCUGAAUAUUGGUAUACAUGUGCUUUGAAAACUCAGUAUGGAUUUGGUAAGAUUUAUUACCAUAUUGCAACAGUCCAACAAGAUAACUUAGAUGCUUUGGUCAAUAUUGGUAAGAGUGUUUUCUGUAGAGAUACAUUUGUUCCAACUCCACAAUAUAUGCGUAUGGUUAUUGAUAAUAUAAAUCAAAGAAAUUUCGUUGAUUUACCAGUUGUUGAUUUUAUAAAAGUUCAUAAGAUUUUAUUAUCUUCUGAAUUCAAUAGUGAUUUAGAAUUGAUUAAAUUGGUUAGUUAUUAUUCACAGAAUAUUGGGGUUGAUCAUAAUAAAGUUGAUUUCUUUGUUAGAGAUAGUAAUUCCACUGUCAAUGAAGCUGUAACUACAACAACCUAUAAUUUAGAUAAUGAUUAUGAAAAUAAAUUGAACUUUUGGUUUCAAAGAGGUUCAUCAUUUGCAUUGGUCAAUAUUUGUCAAAUGGUUGGAUUUGGUAACUCUGCAAAUCCAUUUUCUCAUUUAUUUGGUCUGGUUGAAGCUUUAAAAGAAAGGAAAGAUAGAAAGGCUAAGAAGGACAAACGUAAGAAAAGUUCAACUUCAAAAGAUAAUUUGUCAGCUAUGGAAACUGAAAAUGAUGACUCAAUUACUAGUGCACAAUUAAGUGUAAAUGACUGGUUUCAAGCAAGUGAUUAUAUCAAUAAAAAUGCCAUAGAAUUAGCUAUGAGAAUGUUUCAAGAUUAUUUGGAUGGUCCAAUAAUUACAUCAACACCACAUGUUAUUACAUACUUAUAUUUUUUGAUUUCUGUUUGUGAAGCAUUAAAGACACGACCAUCAGCUAGACCAUUCUUUGAAGUUGUUUUCAGUUCUAUCCUACCAAGAAAUUCACUUUUAAAUUAUUUGAAUGAUCUAUUGAGAUACGUUCGCUCAAGUAAACCAUCAAUUAUUGAAAAAUUGAAUAAAUUAAAACCAGAAUUUGAAUCACAUGGUGGAUUUAUCCAAUAUUUUAAUCAAAAUGAAAAUUUAAUUGAAGCAUGGAAAUGUUGGGGUACACUUUGGUUUGAUAAAAUUGAAUUUAAAGAAGAUUUUUCUGGUUGUAGAGAAGCAGGUAUUGAAAGAGAUAACUUUUUGGAUGUUCCAAUUGGUGGAGUCCGUUAUGAAAAAGAGUUGAAUGAUGAUAGAUUCUUAAGAGUUAUAUUAAUAGCAUGUCAUAUUUCAGAUGAAUAUGAUUUUAUUGGAUUGAAGAGAGAUGCUGAUUAUUUCAAAUUUUCUGAGUAUACUUAUGAUCAAUCAAUUGUGGAAAAUCAACUCAUCAAUGGAUCCUUCCAUAGUUUCUUGAAUGAUGCUAGAAUUCAAGGAUUAACAUCAAAACUUUCACCUGAAAAAAUUAUGACAACUGAAUCAUCUAGGGAAGAUAUUUAUAGUUGGUUACAAAAAAAAGUUGAUUUCAAUCUAAAUAGUUCAAAUGAAGCCACUGUUUCUAGUGCAUUAUCAUACACUGCCGAAGCUGAUAAUGAAGCAGAUUAUGAAGAAGAUGAAGAUGAACGUGAGCAAGCCUUGAAUAAUAAUCUACCUGGCCAUGAUACAAAAUUUCAAGGUAACAUUGGAUCUGGUAUGGAUUCAUCAAUUUGUUAUUUCAUUUUGGAUACAAACAUGUGGUUGAAACAUUGUGGUAUGAUUUAUAAAUCUGUUAGAAGUGGUAUUUUCAAGUUAUCAGUUCCGUUAGUUGUUUUCCAAGAAUUAAGAUCUUUAAGACGUUCACCAGAUGGGAACGUUUCAGAUGCUGCUGUUAGGGCUGUUAUUACCUUGAGACAAUUAGCCUCAGAAGGAUUGGUAUCUGCUUUAAGAUUGAAUGGGACUGAAGCAAAUUCACUAAAUGAUGUUAGAGAUUUUGAAAAUAAUUCAACAUGGAUGAAUACAAUUGAUGAUGCAAUUAUAAAUGCAGCAAGAUCAUUAGAUGUGAAUUUAAAAGCAUAUAAUAAUAAUCCUGAGAAAUUAAGUGCCAUUAUUUCAACAUCAAUUUCAAAUAACGAUCAACAACUGUUGAAAGCCAAAUCAAUGCAUUGUACGAUUUUGGUUACAGAUGAUAGAAAUAUGAGACUGAAGGCAAGAACUAAAUUAGUACCAGCUUUUCAAGGUAAAUGGUUUUUCCAAACAUUGGAUAAGUUAGCAGAAGGCAAGUGUAAUAAUUGA